AGUGGUUUCCAAGAAAGAGAUGCAUUUAGGUAAAACUGCACUGCUCUGCACAAAAUUUGUUCAGUAAUCGUUCACGAUAAAAGAGAUACGGUAAUUGAAGUGUCUCACUGAAGAAUGAGUGGUUUUGUUCCAAAAUUUUAGCUAAUCUUCUCGCUCUAUUAUCUGUCAAAUCGUAAAACAAAAAAAUAACAAACAGACCGGACCCGUCCUGACCGCUGAUAGCACAAACAAUCGCCGCAACAGACUAUCCGGACGCGAAAUCAGAAGCUGUCCAUCUUCUACACUCCUCGCACGGGUCCCCCCUUGCGUAGAACUUUACUGCCGCCGGUCGCCGGGUUCGGGUUUGUGGGGGUCGGAAUGCUAAUUUAAUGUAACUGUAUGAGGGAUGGUCGUGUGCGUGCCAUUGGAUUCGUCUGUACCUCUCAGCCACACCGUCGUAACCACUCGUGCUUAUCAGUGAACGACAGUGAAGUGAAGAGCACCAGUUAGUCCAGCAGACCGAAAGCGAACCGCAACUUUGAUCACGAUCGAAACGUCGUUAGUGCUUCAACGAAAUCCGCCUUCGAAAGGUGUGUGUGCAGAAGGGUAGCAGACAGCCCAGUCAGGCCCACUGAGAUCGUCCCACCCCUCUCACCAGGCUACCGAGCUUACAUAAUCAUCCAUCGGUUGUACUGAAACUUGUCACCUCCGCAGUGUUACCAUGGCAAUCGAACUACCUCGCGUUAAUCUAGACGAACCGCGCUACGACCAAAGUACCUACCUGAACCGUGCCAAGCAUUUUCUUAUCGUGACCAAUCCACUGAAUGCUUUCGCUACCGAGGAGCAGCUAGACCGGGCCGCCCGAAUUGUGCGCGACUAUCGCGCCGGUAAACCCGUCCCAGAUGUCACCAGUGUCGAUGAGCUGUGGAGCGCCAAAUAUCUGUACGAUAGUGCGUUCCACCCGGAUACGGGCGAGAAGAUGCUGCUCGUCGGUCGCAUGUCGGCCCAGGUCCCAAUGAACAUGACCAUCACGGGGUGCAUGAUGACGUUCUACAAGUCGACACCCGCCGUCAUCUUCUGGCAGUGGUUCAACCAGUCGUUCAAUGCGGUGGUCAACUACACGAACCGCUCCGGUGCGUCACCGAUCAGCCAGGAGCAGUUGCUCACCUCGUACUGCAUGGCAACAGGUGGCGCCCUGGUGACUGCACUUUCGCUUAAUCGUCUCGUACGGAAUGCUCCUCCGCUGGUCGGACGUCUCGUGCCGCUUGCCGCUGUAGCCGCCGCCAAUUGCAUUAACAUUCCGCUGAUGCGCAUACAGGAAAUCAAAAACGGCGUUACCCUGCUGGAUAAGGAUGGAAAUGAACUGGGUCAAUCGGUCCGGGCAGCGAAGGAAGGCAUAUCCGCCGUCACUUUCAGUCGUAUCCUGAUGGCCAUGCCUGGAAUGGUCUUCACUCCGGUGCUGAUGAAUACGCUUGAAAAGCGCGGCUUCCUGCGACGCUUCCCGUGGGCAAAUGCACCGAUACAGACGCUCUUCUGUGGGUUGUGUCUCACGUUCGCCACCCCGCUCUGCUGCGCGCUGUUCAGUCAGAAGGCGUCGAUCAACGUGGCCAGCCUCGAGGAGGAUUUGCGCGAGAAGCUACGCAAAGAACGGCCCGAGCUCGAUGUCGUGUACUACAACAAGGGUCUGUAGAUCGAGAACGCUGCUAAGAUCGGGGCGGUCGCACGAAACCGAUCGUUUGCCGUUUGGAUCCGUUUGCAUUUAGUACAAUGAGCUUUUAUGCCCGUUCGAUUCGGACAAAUCCGAACAGUUUGCACGUUUAUUCGACUCACCACACUCCACUUGCUGCCAUAUUAUUGCGUCAAUCAAGACUUCUCUUCAUCCUUAAGCGUGCCAGCGCCAGUCCCAUACAGUAAAAACAAAAUAAUUACUUGUAUAUGUGUGUGUGUGCGUGUGUGAGGGCACGCGUGUAUGACAAUAAAUGUAGGACACUAUCUUCGUAUACUCACAAACCGCAAGCGUCUGUUUAGCUGGAUGAUGUGGUAGAUCUUUAUCAUAUGGCACAAAUAUACGCCUGGUUGUAACAAAGAA